AUGAAAAUUUGUUCUUGGAAUAUUAAUGGUCUUCGCUCAUUGCGACAGCCAUUACGAACUGUACUUGAACAACUUGAUUGUGAUAUUAUAUGUUUUCAAGAAACAAAAGUUACUCGUCAAGCUCUAGCUGAAGCAUAUGCUCGAAUAGAUGGUUAUCAUUCAUUUUAUAGCUGGUCUCGACUUCGAGAAGGAUAUUCUGGUGUUUCUAUAAUUUGUAAAACAUCUCUAGCACCAAUUCGAGCGGAAGAAGGUCUCGUAGGAAAAUUACACACAAAUCUUGAGGAUGGUUUAGGUGGUGAAUAUUUAUCAUUGGAAGAGAAUGAUCUUUUAGCAAUUGAUAGAGAAGGUCGUGCGAUAAUGACUGAACAUGAACUUGAAGAUGGAACAAGUCUUGUUGUAAUUAAUGUCUAUUGUCCUCGUGUUGAUAGAGAUAAACCUGAACGAUUAACUUAUAAACUUAAUUUUUAUUCUGCACUUGAACAACGUGCUCGAUGUUUUUUAGAACGUGGAUGUCGAGUUAUUAUCGUUGGUGAUUUUAAUGUUUCUCAUAAACCUAUUGAUACAUGUGAUCCAGGAGACGAUCUUAAUUAUUUUAAUUCCAGUCCAUCACGUUUAUGGUUUUCGAAAUUAAUAUCUGAAGAUAUUUUUAUAGAUACAUUUCGUUAUUUACAUCCAGAUCAACGCGAAGCAUAUACAUGUUGGGAAACAGUAUCCAAUGCUCGUGUAAAUAAUUAUGGUGUACGAAUUGAUUAUAUUAUAUGUGAUGGUGCUGUAUCAAAAUCCCAUCUUGUAAAUUGUGAACGUCGACCUGAUGUUGAAUCAAGUGAUCACUGUCCAGUUAUUGCUGAAUUUAAUUUUACAUUUAAAGAUCGUUCGCAAGCAAAACCACCAUCGAUUUGCACAAAAUUUUGGUCAGAAUUUAAAGGUACUCAGAUGAAUAUAAAUCAAUUUAUUGUUAAAACUAAACGAAUACGCGAAGACGAUAUUGAUAGUCAAGAUGACAAAAAGCAACAAAUAGAGGAAAUAACAACAACGAAUAAACAAACAAAUCAAUUAAAUGAAAUUAUCGUAGAAAAAUCAGUUACUACACAAUCUAAAUCACUUACAAAACCUUCAUUUAAAAAAGUCAAAUCAGAUCAAUCAUCACUUUUACAACAUUUUAAACGAAGUUCUCAAUCAAAAAUGGCUCCACUACCUUCCUCGUCGAAUGAUUCAAUUCCCAAAGAACCUGAAGUUAUUACUUUAUUAAACACUGAAACUGAUGAAAAACCAAAGAAAUCAGUUACAUCAUGGAAUCAAAUCUUUCGCCCACCAACUCCACCACCAUUAUGUUCUGGCCAUAAAGAACGAUGUGUUAUACGUCAAGUUAAAGAUACUGCAUCUGUAAAUUGGGGACGAUAUUUCUAUGUAUGUUCACGUGCAAAUGGAGCUUCAGACAAUCCUCAAGCACGAUGUGAACAUUUUCAAUGGAAAGAAAUAAAGAAAAAAACAACGUCUACAAAUUAA